UCCUGGUUUUCGCUCUACCCUUGUUUGUCUCCCCCUCUUUCCCAAGCAUUUUCUAUCAGAGCUUCCCUUCGCAAAUGGUUUGUUAUUUUCACCGAGAUCUCUGUUUGUAAGCAAAGGUUUUCUGCUCUUUUAAAUGGAUACUUAUAAGCACAAAAUUGCUGAAAUUAUUAUUGGUUAGUCUUAAUUUUCAGUCUGCCUAGGAAAACGAGUGUUUUAAACGAAGGUGGAACAUCUGAAUACAGAAGAAGCUUCUUAUUUGUCCGAUAUUUUCCGCCUCCUAGGAGAAGAUGUAAUGCAUUGACCGCAUCACCACACUGCAUCUUUCUGGAAAAUAUAUUAGUCCUCUAUAAACUACUGGGAAUAAAUAGCAUAACGGAAGGGGGUAUUUUUCAUGCAAGAACAUCUUUUUGGAAACAAACAAUAUAUCUGCCCUUCUGGUUUAAUGGCAGGAUUUGAAGGAGCUUACUGCUGCAGGUCCAUUAACCUGUUUUGAGAUGGGAUCGAAGCAUAGCAAUCUCAUCUUGGAUAACUUCCCUGACGAUCCUACGGAAAUCGUCAAGCAUGGUGGAGCUGUAGCCGGGCCCCCCUCCGCUUUCUCCUGUAAAAGCGCUCGGCCGAGGAGCAGGUGUACCUGGAUCAGCAGCCAUCGAUUUUUUGCUUGACGGCUUUGGUGGCAUUACAAAGUUUGCAUAUUUAUGACUCUGAUCCAUCCUACUGAAGGAGUUCCAAAGGAACAACAACAACGCAAUUGGUGUUUUAGCUCACCUGGGAGCUCAUACUAGAGCUAGAACGAGCUUACACUGAAGCAAUGUGGACUUCACAGUUGGUCCUUUUCACUGUGUUCUUCAUACCCACAGUACAUGCUUUUAGUCGUGCACCCAUUCCAAUGGCAGUUGUAAGGAGAGAACUAUCUUGUGAGAGCUACCCUAUAGAACUACGCUGUCCAGGAACGGACGUCAUAAUGAUUGAAAGUGCCAACUAUGGAAGGACAGAUGAUAAAAUCUGUGAUGCUGAUCCAGCUCAGAUGGAGAAUAUCCGAUGCUACCUGCCAGAUGCCUAUAAGAUUAUGUCUCAAAGAUGCAAUAAUCGGACGCAGUGUGCAGUCAUUGCUGGACCAGAUGUUUUCCCGGAUCCUUGUCCAGGAACAUACAAAUACCUUGAGGUUCAAUAUGAAUGCGUUCCUUACAAAGUGGAACAAAAAGUUUUCCUGUGCCCUGGUUUGCUAAGAGGUGUAUAUCAAAGUGAGCACCUGUUUGAAUCAGACCACCAAUCAGGGUCUUGGUGCAAGGAUCCCCUUCAGGCUUCAGAUAAGAUCUACUACAUGCCCUGGACUCCAUAUAGGACUGACACGUUGACAGAGUAUUCUUCCAAGGAGGACUUCAUAGCGGGGCGGCCCACCACCACUUACAAGCUGCCCCACCGGGUGGAUGGAACAGGCUUCGUUGUGUAUGAUGGGGCACUGUUUUUCAACAAAGAGCGCACACGCAACAUUGUGAAAUUUGACCUUCGCACACGCAUCAAGAGUGGGGAGGCCAUCAUUGCAAGUGCCAACUAUCAUGACACAUCUCCCUAUCGCUGGGGUGGCAAGUCUGACAUUGAUCUGGCGGUGGAUGAAAACGGGCUCUGGGUCAUCUAUGCCACCGAGCAGAACAAUGGAAAAAUAGUAAUUAGCCAAUUGAACCCUUAUACUCUGCGCAUCGAGGGGACCUGGGACACAGCCUAUGACAAGAGGUCAGCCUCCAAUGCCUUCAUGAUCUGCGGCAUUCUCUAUGUGAUCAAAUCGGUCUAUGAAGAUGAUGACAAUGAAGCCACUGGGAACAAAAUUGACUACAUCUACAAUACUGAGCUUAGCAAAGAUGGCUACACUGACAUGCCCUUCCCCAAUUCAUAUCAGUACAUAGCAGCUGUGGAUUACAAUCCAAGAGACAAUUUGCUCUACGUUUGGAACAACUACCAUGUAGUGAAGUAUUCUUUGGAUUUCGGACCAAUGGAUAACAGGCCAGAAUCGUCUUCCUCUGUACUGAUCUACCUGGAUACCACAAGCACCAGAACAACAGCCAGAUCCACUACAAUCACUGCGACCAAAGCAACAAUGACUACCAUUGCUGGGCGACAUGCCAAGAGCACCACCAUCUUAAUACCACUUGAGCAAGGCAUUCCUGACAUCACCACAAGGCCAGCUCCAUCAUCCCAGCUACCAAGCAUAGUCACAGAGGGUUGUGAACCGGUGGGAGAACCUGAGAUCUCUUGGCCCAAGACUCGUCAGGGACAGGUUGCAAAACAGCCUUGUCCUCCAGGCAUGAUAGGUGUUGCAACUUUUGUAUGCUUGGCUCCUGAUGGAUACUGGGACCCACAAGGACCGGAUCUUAGUAAUUGUACCUCUCCCUGGGUCAAUCAAAUCACAUAUAAACUGAAGUCAGGAGAGACAGCAGCUAUCAUUGCAAGGGAGCUUUCAGAACAAACUAAGAGUGGGAUUCAUGCGGGUGACAUAACAUAUGCUGUUAAGGCACUGGACCAGCUAGUGGAUUUACUUGAUGUGCAGCUGCGCAACCUUACCCCAGGUGGGAAAGACAGUGCUGCUCGCAGUUUAAGCAAGCUGCAGAAAAGAGAACGCUCUUGCAGAUUGUAUGUCCAGGCCAUGGUGGAGACUGUCAACAACCUUCUUCAGCCUUUGGCCCAGUCUGCUUGGCAUGACUUGACAACCAAUGACCAGUUACGAGCAGCCACCAUGUUACUGGACACUGUGGAGGAGGGCGCCUUUGUACUUGCAGAUAAUCUGCUCAAGACAGAUGUCGUUCAGGAGAACACAGAAAACAUUAAGCUGGAAGUUGCUAGAUUAAGCACAGACAUAACUUUGGCAGACCUGAAGUUUCCCCAAACUGGUGGUAAUGGAAACUCCAUUCAGCUAUCAGCAAGUACUUUAAAACAAAAUGGCAGAAAUGGUGAGAUUAAGGUUGCUUUUGUCCUCUACAAGCACCUCGGCUCCUACCUUUCUACAGAGAAUGCCAGCAUGAAGUUAGGGAGCGAGGCCAUGUCCACCAACUACUCUGUCAUUGUCAACUCUCCUGUAAUUACUGCUGCCAUAAACAAGGAGAGUAAUAAAGUCUAUCUGUCAGACCCAGUGGUGUUCACUGUCAAACACCUGCAGCAAUCUGAAGAAAAUUUCAAUCCCAACUGCUCAUUCUGGAGCUAUUCGAAACGCACAAUGACUGGAUGCUGGUCAACACAGGGCUGCAGGCUGUUGGGAACCAAUAAGACUCACACAACUUGUUCUUGUAAUCACCUUACCAACUUUGCAGUUCUGAUGGCACAUGUGGAAGUCAAGAAUGCUGAUCCUGUCCAUGACCUACUCCUGGAUGUUAUUACUUGGGUGGGAAUCCUGCUCUCGCUGGUCUGCCUCUUGAUAUGUAUCUUCACUUUCUGCUUCUUUCGGGGCCUCCAGAGUGAUCGUAACACCAUUCAUAAGAACCUGUGUAUCAGCCUUUUUGUGGCUGAGCUGCUCUUCCUCAUUGGAAUAAAUCGUGCUGAUCAACCGAUUGCCUGUGCUGUAUUUGCUGCUCUGCUGCAUUUCUUCUUCCUGGCUGCCUUCACUUGGAUGUUCUUAGAGGGGGUGCAGCUUUACAUCAUGCUGGUGGAGGUGUUUGAGAGUGAACGCUCCCGAAGAAAGUACUUCUACCUGGUGGGCUACGGUGCACCCGCUCUGAUAGUGGCUGUGUCUGCAGCAGUGGAUUACAGAAGCUAUGGGACCGACAGAGUAUGUUGGCUCAGGCUUGACACCUACUUUAUUUGGAGCUUCAUAGGUCCAGCGACCUUAAUAAUUAUGCUCAAUGUAAUCUUCCUUGGGAUUGCACUCUACAAAAUGUUCCAUCAUACUGCUAUACUGAAACCGGAUUCAGGCUGUUUGGACAAUAUAAAAUCAUGGGUUAUAGGUGCCAUUGCACUGCUCUGCCUCCUGGGACUGACUUGGGCCUUUGGACUUAUGUACAUCAACGAAAGCACAGUCAUCAUGGCCUAUCUAUUUACCAUAUUCAACUCUCUGCAGGGAAUGUUCAUUUUCAUUUUCCACUGUGUCCUCCAAAAGAAGGUGCGUAAGGAGUAUGGCAAGUGUCUGCGCACACAUUGUUGCAGUGGGAAGAGUGUAGAAACCUCUAUUGGUUCAGGGAAAACAUCUGGUUCCCGAACUCCUGGAAGGUAUUCCACAGGUUCACAGAGCCGAAUCCGUCGGAUGUGGAAUGACACUGUCAGAAAACAGUCUGAGUCUUCCUUUAUUACGGGCGACAUAAAUAGCUCAGCAUCAUUGAACAGAGGAGCCAUGGCUAACCAUCUUAUAACUAAUGCUCUUCUUCGUCCUCAUGGCACUAACAAUCCUUAUAACACAUUGCUUGGGGAAUCGGCGGUCUAUAACAACCCUUCUGUCAGCUUGUACAACACACAAGAGGGACUACUGAACAAUGCCAGGGAUACAAGUGUCAUGGAUACUCUACCACUGAAUGGUAACCAUGGCAACAGCUACAGUAUAGCCAGUGGAGAAUACAUAAGUGACUGUGUCCGAAUUAUAGACCGUGGCUACAACCACAAUGAGACUGCAUUAGAAAAAAAGAUUUUGAAGGAACUCACUUCAAACUAUAUCCCCUCCUACCUGAACAACCAUGAGAGCUCUAGUGAGCAGAACAGGAACCUAAUGAACAAGCUUGUGAACAGCGUUGGCAGAGUCAAUGAAGACGACGCCAUUGUCUUAGACGAUGCCACCUCUUUCACCCAUGAAGAAACCUUGGGUUUGGAGCUUAUCCGGGAAGAGUCUGAUGCCCCUCUGCUACCACAAAGAGCUCAUUCAACACAAAACCAUCAGCCCCAUCACUUCUCUCGGAGACGGAUCCCUCAAGACAACAGGGAGAGCUUUUUCCCCUUGCUAACCAAUGAGCAUACUGAAAACCUGCAGUCACCCAAUAGGGAUUCUCUUUAUACCAGCAUGCCAGCACUGGCUGGCAUACCUGUCACAGACGCCAAUGGCACUAAGACCCAAAUUGAACCUCACCCAAGUAAUAGUGUUGAUGCUGAUGAUGUUUAUUGUAAAAGUAUGCCAAACCUUGGCUCCAGGAAUCAUGUCCACCAACUACACACUUACUACCAACUCGGCCGAGGCAGCAGUGAUGGAUUUAUAGUUCCGCCCAAUAAAGAUGGAGCUUCUCCAGAAGGAAGUUCUAAAGAACCUUCUCAUUUGGUCACUAGCUUAUAGAGGGUAAAUCCUAACUCAUGGUUUCUUGUUCUGAUCCAGUGUGAGCAGUGGUAAACAUGUUGUGUGCACUCCUAAAUUUUGAUGUCAUUCAAGUACCGACAGACUACUUUCUGAAACUUGUAGGAUGGCCUGGGACAAUACUGCUUAUCUCCAUUAAGUACAAAAUAAUCCCUUAAAUCAAUUCAGGCUAAAAAAAUUGCAUUCUUCGGAUAUCGUUGUAAUGACAUUUUGUUAUCAAAGGGACAUAGAAACUGUCCACCACUAGUUUGCAAUUGUAUGUCCUUUUGGAUGAUAAACUGUUCACUACUAGUUAAUUCUAUUCUUCUGUAUCCAUACUGUAUUUUCAGUACGGAUACAGAUUGGUAUUCACAGUAUCUUUAGCUGUGACAAUCCUGUAGGUUAAAUAAAACAAUGUGUCUGAACAAACCAUGAGGGAACUCUAACAUAUAUGCUAGAGGGCAUCAUUUAUGUUUUUUGCUGUAAUAAUUCCAGUUAUUAAAACAACUAAUGACGGAGAAUUCCAAGCAAUUUAUAUGUAUUGUACAGAUACUAGCAUUGAACAUUAUAGUAUGCUUCUUCUGUUCCUCCAAACUUGCGUCUCUGUAAAUGUAGUGAUUAGAGCGUUUUCUUUCUGUUGUGCUGGUCUUGCAGGUUUAGUCUACCAGUAGGAGCAAUAUAUAUAUAUAUAUAUAUAUAUAUAUAUAUAUAUAUAUAUAUAUAUAUAGUUUGUUUGCUAUUUUUCCUUACACUGAAGAACACACUUUAUGAAGAUAAUUUCCUAGCAAUGUAAUCACACGUAUUUUCAAAACCAUUAGUUUUAUUUUCAUCACUGUAGUUUUAAGCAAAUGAUGUUUCACCAAUAAAGAUGAAGGAAAAACAAUUUGGAAACUAAGCUAAUGUAGCUUAGGUACUAUAGAGUACAGUGGGCUGGAGGCUAUCCUCCAAGAGGCUAGUACUCUUCUAGAUGAUGAGAGGUCUUCAUGGGGCCUAUGCAUGUGAGGAAAAUAAUGAAGCAUUUUGAGGUUAAAAAAUUAAUUUAAAAAAAGUAUAAAACUGGAAAAUAUUUUACUUAAAAAAUGAUAUGGGUUUUUGAGAGACGAUUGGAAGUGUUUUGUUUUUUUUUCUUAACAUGAAAUGUAUUUAUUUACACAUGGUACAACAUUUAGCAGAACAUAUUACAAUUGCUUUUUUCUUUGUUUUAAUUUGGUUGCCAAGUUGAAUGACCUCCUAACUAAUAUUUGUUGUAAAAGUGAAACUUGUUUGCCAACAAAUAAAUGACUGAUUAAGAUUUGCAACAUAUGGA